AUGAAGAUACCUACUAAUUUAGCAGCAGAAAAUCACCAUGAUAACACCCUUAUAGAGCAAGCAUGCGAUUCAUGCCGGAAAAGAAAACUAAAAUGCUCUAAAGAGUCACCUAAGUGCUCGAAGUGUAUUCAGCAUAAUUGGUGUUGUUCAUAUAGCCCACGUACAGUGAGGUCUCCAUUAACCAGAGCUCAUUUGACACAAGUGGAAAAUAAGGUCAAAUCGUUGGAAAAUCUAAUUACAUACUUGUUACCUCAGGAGGUAAACUCGAGAGGAAUUGACCAAUUACUUUACCAGAACACGUUUAAGGACGUGUUGAGGCCUUAUAGAGAUUUGUUACAGAAUGACAGUCCAUCCAACAAAGAAUUGGAACCUAGUAGUGAAAAGCAGUGUUGGAGCACGCCAGGUGCUGGUAGCGGCACGACUACUCCUCCUGCAUUCGAAGAAGGCCUUGAUCAACUGGGUUCGGUGACCCCUCAAGAGUACUCUCCUGGCAAGCCAGAGCAGUCAAGGCUAAACUCCAACGGGUGUAACUCGUUGGCCCAGUCACCAUCGUACUCGAUCUUUUCGAUGGAUGAUUCGACUUCCAAUGCUUCAAUAGACCACUCCGACCAUAACGACCACAACAGAAUUGACAAUGAUAAAAUCAAGCAAGAAAUAAUCGACGAUUUCAUACUAAAUAGCAUCCCCACCGAUAACAAACGCAACCAAUGUCAGUUUAUAACCCCUUCGGUUAUAAAGCACGAAUACUCCCCAUACCCAUACCAACAACAACCACGUCCCAAGAACAUUUCGAACACCACAACAUCUGCGACAUCACUCACAUCCCCAUCGUCUCUUCUUUCACUUAAUUCUUACUGCGACAAUAUAAACGAAGACGAAGAAAUACCUAAGAAGUCCUACUCUUCAUCUGCUAGGCUGCCCGCUAAUAAAAAGUUUGAAGAUCUCGAUCUUUUGAUUUCAUCAAACGGUAUCAAUGAUACUAACUAUAACUUGAUAUUCGAUGAAGUUAUGGAUGACUCACCCAUGAUUAAUGGGUGA